AUGGAGAGCUGGGGGUUUGACUGGAAGAGGAAAGGGAAAACUGUGGUUAAAGAGGCAACGUGUAUAACAGAGAUGUCGGUGAUGAUGGCCUGCUGGAAGCAGAAUGAUUUCAGUGAGGUGGCCUGUGCCAAGGAGAUCCAGGCAUUUUGUGACUGUGCAGCCAAAGCAGAGGCUGAACGGAGAGCAAAGGCAAAUGUGGACGGUGUGACACAGACUGGUUUUUUGACGCCCAAACAAGCCACAAAGUUGCUGCAGAGAUAUCCAAACAAAAUACAUAACACAUAGUAUUCUGCAGGGAACCACACUGGGAUUUGAAAGGAUGUUUAUACUCUUGUCUUUUUGACAGGCGUGCACCCAGAGGCUAGUAAACUUGGGAAUUGCAUCAGCAUCUUAACUUCCUCUUUGUACUAGGUGAUGAACAAGGUCUGGGAAUGUUCCCAGCUGAAUCUGUUGGAUAUCUAAUGUACAAAUAUUCAAGAGAAUGGGUCUUGUUGGAUAGAAGAUGAAUUUAUUGUAUUUUGUGAAAUACAAGUUAAAUUGUCAAAUCUGGUGGUUUAGUUGAUUGCACAUGGAGAAUAUUUAUAAUUACCUUCACAGAUAAAUUUGAGAAUUGGAUCACAUUUUUUUCAAACUCUAAGAAUAGUUUCCGUAUAUGAAGGUCCCUCACCUUUCUCUUGUGUAUAAAGAUACAUAAUUAUCUGGAUUGAUGCUACCUCCAUCCCUGUUCACAACCCGCUUAUCUCUUUUCAGCUCAUCAGGAAUUCUGUCCUGGGAUAUUCUACUCAAACCACUUUGUACCUUUUCUUAUUUUAUUACCUACAAGAUAUCAUACAACUGGAGUACCCUGGCAUUGUGUUAUGUUGCUGUGCAAAAAAACUGGAGGCCUGGAGCAAUGUUCAAAUUCAUCACAAAAGCUCGAAUGGCUGUUCUGUUCAAAUAAAUCUGGAGGAGAAAAAGCAUGAAUCAAUGCUGGUGCCAGUUUCAUUGGUCCAUAAAUAUUCAAAUUAGUUCAGCCUGCUUGUGAUUCCAGACACACAAGAUAUACUGUCUUCUGGCUGUCCUCUAAAAUGCCCAGACAAGGCAUUCAGUUCAAGGGCAAUUAGACAUAGACAGGAUUUGGUCUUCCUAUUGAUGCCUCCUGUGAGCAAAUUUGGAAAUAAAAGUUAUGUUUCUAAACAA